AUGGGUUGGUUUAAUGGAAAAUCGUCUUCAUCUUCCCAAUCUUCCCGUCGGCGCUCUCCAUCUCGUCGAUCUGUUUAUUCGACGUCGCACUCGCGCCAUUCAGCACCGUCAGUCUUUAGCCUAGGUGGCUACAGCCGAGCUGGGCGGUCAAGUCCCUCGGUCUUAUCCUCGUCAUCUUCGCGCCGCGCACGUCCGCGAGCCGGGUUCAUCCAGCGAAUUGUGCAGUCGAUCAAGCGCCUGUUCCGCGACAUCUACAGCUAUGCGCGUCGCCACCCGGCAAAGGUGUUGCUAAUGGUUGUCGUUCCACUCCUCACCAGCGGCGUGCUGCAGAAACUGCUCGCUAUGAUUGGUAUCCGCUUACCACACAGUCUGGGUGGUAAUUCUUCUAGUGGUGCGAAAGCCGGAGAGGGCGGGCUCAAGGACAACAUCAAUGGGCUGAUGAACAUUGCCAAGAUGUUCAUGUAA